CGAGCCCACUGAUGCGGUUAACCCGCGGGCUGCGUUCAAAGCGCGGCGGAGUUUAGAUCAAAACAGGCGCUGGAGGAGGACAUGUGUAGAAGAAGGUCGGUGAUGAUGAGGGUAUCUUUUCAUCCAACCCGCGCGGGUAAUUACCUCUUUAGCACGCGGGCCGCCGCGGUGUGUAUAAAUACAGAGCGCGCGCUCAGCAGCAGCAGCAGCAGCAGGAGACACUGAUGAAUGAAGACACGCCGCUGUGACCCUGCUCUGCUGUAUAACACUGUGACAUUUACUGAGCAGAGCUGAGACUGCAGUGUGUAGAUCUGAGGGUCAGACAUGUGGACGCUGUUCUGUGCUCUUUUCCUCGCCGUGACCUCCGCUGUUCACUGCCUGGACUCCAACAUCAUCCGCUCCUCUAAAGAAAUCAUGGAUUCUCCGCAGACAGCGCCCACCUCACAGAGGGAGACUGUAGAUGUGAGCGCCCAUAACACCAUGAGACGGAGGCAGAAUCGACAAGACAGAGUGGAGUGCUCUCUGGAACAGGUAAAUGAAUGCAGAGGGUCAAAAAAGAGACCGAGUCAGAGUGGUAAGAUUAAGCUGUCCCCAGUAGACACCAGCAGGAGCAAAGUUCCCGAGAUGGGUGAGUGUCUGCGAUCACGUGACUGUGAGGAGGGCCUAUGCUGUGCUCAGUAUCUUACCGGACGGCGGUGCCAGCGUAUUCCCAAAGAAGGAGAAGUCUGUCUUUUGCGGGGCCGAUCCAAAAAGAGGCGAAACCUGGACCGAUGUGACUGUGAAGCAAAGCUGCACUGCAGAGCUCAGAAACAGAGCGUGCGGGGACAGGGGGUCUGUCACGCUUAACCCUUUCACACCAGGGACUUUUUGAGAUACGGAGAACAAAUCUAAUUCCAAUCUAAUAUCAAAUACACAGUCGCUUCCCAAUAGUAUUAGCUAGAGGGCGCUCAGGAGACUGCAAAUACAGCCCCAUUUUUUUUUUUAUUAAUUAAAUGAACAUAUAUAUAUAUAUUUUCGCAGUAGCUUAGAUUUCUAGAUUUGCACUAAGGCUGGGUGCAGCAGCAUAAGCAUUAGCAGCUAACCGCUUGUGCUUGCUGUGGUUAGUGGCUUAACGCCACCCGACAGCGCUACACUGAGGAACCCUGAUGUUCCAGUAAGCCGGGGCGAUAUUAACUAGCGGUUCGACUCACGUAGCUUGUUUUGACAUGAAAAACAUGCAGGCUUCAGACCAAUAAUACUGGCUCAGAACAGUGAAAGAGCUAGCGCUUAGCGCAUAAUACUUAUGUUGCUUCAGCAGUGCUAGCUGCGGUUAGCAGCGGAGUGCGGACGAUAAUACUCACCUUUGAACAGAAAAAAGCUAGCGGUUAGCGGCUAAUACUGCUUCAGGCUCGGUGCUGGAGAACUAAACUGAAACUCCUGUAUAAUGCUGUACUUCAGCCGAGUGCCUUUACUGCUCCUUACAACCUGACGGGCAAAAUUCAUACAUAAGGCACACAUUUAAGUAUUUUAGGUGCGUCUUACAGUGUGAGAAAUACGCCAUAUAUAUUUAUACAUAUCCACUUAUUCAAUCCACAGCAGUAGCCCCACCCAUUUACACAUUAAAGAGGUCAUUUACAUAUAACAGUCAUAACGGCACAGUAACAAAAAAGGUAUUUUUAACUAUAAUGGAUAAAAGAAGAUUGAAAUAGUGUUGUGUAGGAAUAAAUGAUAACUGUAAUUGAUUCAUAAACCCACACAUUA